UCUCUCUCUCUCUCUCUCUCCCCUACCCCUCUGCCAUUUUGUCUGCUCUCCCGCCCAGCCGCAUCGUCGCCAACCGAAAUGACCACCACCCGUCCGAUGGAGGACGUCCUCAUGGACAAUGAGGGCCGGCCCCUGGGCAAGAGCCGCCUCAAGGGAAUCCUGCGCGGUGCCGAGCGCCUCUUGAAGAAGGAGGGCCUUGAUGCUGAGACGCGCGCCGCGAUGGAAGCGCGUGCCCAGGCGGUCAGGGAUCGCCUUGCGGCCCUCGAAGCCCAGGAGCUGGAGGCCGCCUCCGUUGCCCCGGAAGCUGUGGUCGCUGCGCCUGCCCCCUCAUUCCGCAAGCGUGAGCUGACUCAGAUUGAGUCGGUCCAGCUGCAGCGCUAUAACAUGGUCCGGUUCUUUGAUCGCCAGAAGCUCAUGCGCAAGCUCAAGCAGGUGACCAAGAAGCUCAAGGAUGCCGGGGCGCAGGAGCGCCAGGCUCUGGAAGAGGAGCUGUUCGUUAUCGAGGGAGAUCUCCUGUACAACCGCUGCUUCCCGCUGGUGUACAAGUACAUUGCCCUCUUCCCGACCACGCCCACCGUGGAUGAGCUGGUGGUCACCGCGCGUGAUGCCCUUCUGGAGCAGGCCCGGGCGGCUGCGCGGGCUGGCGCCCGGGCGCCCGGCCUGGCCCCUGGCGGCGGAUGCUCUCACUGCGGUGAGAGCCCGGUUAUGCGUGCUCUGGAGGCUGCCGAGCAGGCAGAUCCGGCACAGGAGCCCACCCCGCCCCCGGAGGAGGGUCCGACCCUGGCCCGGUGCGCCAAUUGCGGCCAUGGCCGGACCGUGCACUUGCGUGUGCCGGCCAACACGGUGAAGCCGGUGCGCAAUGUGUCGGCCGAUGCGCAGGCCGCCCGUCGAGCCAAUCGCAAGUCCCUGGCUGCGACCCUGCGCCAGGCGGCGGUCGACGCGUCGGAAGUGGACGGUGCCGAUUCGGCCAUGGUCGACCAGGAUGUGGUGGCCCCGGUGUCGCAGCCGGUGGUCCCGCGCAAGCGCCCGGCCACCGACAUGCUGGCCGCCAAUGCUGCGGCACCCGCCCCCGCGGAUGCCUUGGUCUCGGCGAAUCCCAAGCCGACCGCCUGGAAUGCGACCUCCAGCAGCGACAGUGACUCCGAUGGGGAGUUUGUUUCGUGCGAGUCCGGCACCGAGGCGCUGGAUGGCGAUGAGGAUGACAACGACGACGACGACGACGAUCGGGAUGAGCAUGAUUCCGAGGACGAUGUGGAUGCUCAGGACGGCGAGCUGGCCGUCGCCGAGCCAUCGGCCAAGAAGCGCCGCACCGAGUCGACCGAGGAGCCAGCCCCGGCCCCGGCGGCUGCUUCUUCCUUCUUCCUGUCUGCGGCACCGGCUGCCGAGGAUAUCCCCCAAGAACGUGUGCAGUAUUUGGUCAACUCUCACGAGCCUCAGGAUCUGAUGUCCCGUCGUGAGUGGAUCGGCCUCAAGCGCUCGAACCAGGUGAACCACCGCGGUGAGAUCCGCAAGGGUCUGCGCUCGGGCUACCUGGCGGAGCCGGUGCUCAUGCGCGAGACUCUGGACGGCAAGGCUCUCGGUGUGAUGAAGGCCAGCUCGUCGGCCGCCGGUGGCCGGGGAGACCGUCGCGAUGGCCGUCCCGCGUGGAAGGACCGCCCUCAGGGCGAUCGCCCAGCAUGGAAGGACCGCCCCCAGGGCGAUCGCCCGGCAUGGAAGGACCGCCCCCAGGGCGAUCGCCCGGCGUGGAAGGACCGCUCGCAGCAGGGGGGGACCGACCGCCCCGAUCGUCGCCAGCCGGCCAGUGGCGGCCGGCAACAGACGCGCCCCGCUGGGGGAAACAACAAGGGGGGCCAUGUCUUCCGGCCGCCGAUGCCAACGAACGUCAAGAAGGCCACGUUUGCCAGCAUUGAUCAGCCCAUCGGCACACGUGUUACAUUUGACGAUUGAGCCACUGACACCGAUCGGCUCUGUCAGCCGUAAAAUACACUUGGUCGCCC